GAUGGGAGGAGCUCCAGUGUGUGCAGUGGCCAGAGGCAGGCUGUAGUACGACUCUGUGUCAGAGGGAGGGAGAGCGUGGACCUGCGGACCCAGAGCUGUCAUCUGCUAGACCUUUAAACUCCUGUUAUCUGAGGGAAGUUUUAGUGUCACGGCUGAGUGGGACACAGUAUCUGAGGUGAGACGCUGCCGUGCGGUGUAUUCAUGGAGGCAGAUCGGUGGAGGCUGUCCGUCUUGUUCUGAGGUCACAGAUCGUCUUUUCCAACCAGCCUCCUCGUCUGCAGCCCCGAAGGAGUGCCCUGAAUUCACGACGCCGCAUAGGCCUUCCAUUCAAGGAGCCCGAAGCUGCAGCUAGACAGAGAGGGGGAGAGAAAAAUAAACACAGGUUAAAAAAAGAAGCUCCUUAUGAAUUCCCCAAAACCCUGAAAGGCAAAUACUGCAAGUUGGCUGGCGGCCUUUUGAGGAGGCAAUGAGGUGGACAAUGGGUAUGGCUUGGCUCUGUCUCCCAGCCUACACUGUCCUGCUUGUUGGUUGCUUUCACGCAGCUGUCACAGAAAAGGAUGUCACUCCACGCCUCACCUUCUCCCACAAUGCGAAGGAGAGGACAACCAGGAGUUUCUCGGUCGGCGGGGUCAACAACUUCACCUCUCUCCUCCUCAGCAAAGAAGAUGACACGCUGUACGUUGGCGCGCGGGAGAUUCUCUUUGCUCUCAACCUCUCUGAUAUCAGCGCCGUCAAGCUGCAAAGAAAUCUCACGUGGAAAACUCCAGAGAGGAAGAGAGACGAGUGCAGUUUCAAAGGCAAAGACCUGCAAACGGAUUGCUUCAACUACAUCAAGAUUUUACUGCGUAUGAACAGCACUCAUCUGUACGUUUGUGGGACUUAUGCCUUCAGCCCCAUCUGUGCCUACAUAAAUUCCGCCGACUUCUCCCUCGUCAAGAGUGAAACCGGUGAGAUCGUUGCAGAGGAUGGACGAAGCCGCUGCCCGUUCAACCCUGAAUACAAGUCCACUGCCAUCAUGGCUGAUGGCGAGCUGUAUGCCGGCACAGUUAGUAAUUUCCAAGGAAAUGAGCCCAUCAUUUACAAGAGUCUAAGCCAAGGAACAGCUCUAAAAACAGAAAACUCACUCAACUGGCUUCAAGACCCGGCCUUUGUUGGUUCCGCCUACAUUCAGGAGAGCCUGCCCAAGGGCAACCCAGUGGGCAACGAUGAUAAGAUUUACUUCUUCUUCAGUGAAGCAGGGAAGGAGUUUGAUUUCUUUGACAACACCAUUGUGUCACGCAUCGCUCGCGUGUGUAAGGGUGACACCGGAGGUGAGAGGGUUCUGCAGAAGAAAUGGACGACUUUCCUGAAGGCUCAACUCUUGUGCUCGCUUCCCGACGAUGGUUUCCCCUUCAACAUAAUCCAAGACAUGUUCGUGUUGACGCCCAGUCCUGAGGACUGGAAGAACACUGUGUUUUAUGGAGUCUUCACUUCUCAGUGGUACAAGGGAGCGUCAGGAAGUUCUGCAGUGUGUUCCUUCACGAUGGACCAGGUGGAAAAAGCCUUCAACGGGCGAUAUCGAGAGGUCAACAGAGAGACCCAGCAGUGGUACACGUACAACCAUCCCGUCCCUGAUCCUCGGCCUGGAGCGUGCAUCACAAAUGCAGCCAGACAGCAGGGCAUCUCCUCGUCGCUGCACAUGCCGGACAAGGUGCUGAAUUUCGUCAAAGACCACUUCCUGAUGGACAGCGUGGUCCGCAGCCAGCCCCUCCUGCUGAAACGCAACGUUCGCUACACCCAGAUCGCUGUCCAUCGAGUCCUGGUGGCGCACAAGGCCUAUAACGUGCUCUUCAUUGGCACAGACGACGGAAGGCUUCACAAAGCCAUCAACGUCAACAACAAGAUGCACAUCAUCGAGGAGAUGGUGCUCUUCAGCAGUUCCCAACCAGUGCAGCACAUUGAGCUGGAUACUGAAAAGGGUCGGCUUUAUGUUUCCUCUUUCUCUGAGCUGGUGGAGGUCCCAGUCGCUAACUGCACUAAUUAUCAGAGCUGCGGGGAGUGCAUCCUGUCCAGGGAUCCUUACUGUGCCUGGAACGGGAGGCAGUGUCUGGAUGUCAGACGGCCUUCGACAAGAAGUGUCUGGCAGCAGGAUGUAGAUGAGGCAGACACAUCAGCUAUUUGCAACAAGACAGUGCCAAGCCCACGUUUUGCUAAACCUCCACCUUCACGAAUGUCUUCAUGCCAGGUGAUCAUCAUCCCAGCCAACACAUUCAAAGUACUGCCUUGCAGACUGCGCUCUAAUCUGUCUGAAAGGAGGUGGGAGUUCAGUGAGAGUGCGGGUCACUUCCGUUACCCGAGCCCAGAGGGAGGGCUGGUGGUGGUAGCUCAAGCAGACAGGCAGGAAACCUACGAGUGCUGGUCAGUGGAGGAAGGCUUCAGGCAGCUGCUGGCAAACUACUGUGUGAGGGGCGAGGCCAAGCAGGAGAGCACCACGCUGACAGGCCGAUCCCGCACGCCACAGAUCUCCCAGGAGGAGUUUAUCAUCCUGCCGGGGAAGGCCCGCUCGCCACAGAUGGACACCAAGACCUACUGGAAUGAGCUGAUCGUGGUCUGUGCCCUGCUGGUGUUCUCCCUGGUGGUCUUCUCUCUCUUUGUGAUUUACAGGAACCGCAACCACAUGAAGUCCAUGCUCAAGGAGGGCGAGUGCGCCAACAUGCAGCAGAAGAUGCCCCGGAUAGCCGGGAAGCCGGCUGAGAACUUGCCGCUCAACGGCAACACAGUCACAGCGUCGGCGUCCGAUCACAAGGGCUACCAGACCCUUAACGACAACUACAUCUGCAGCACUCCACCGCACGAGUGCUCGUCGCCCGACAACAGCAAGAGCUUCUCCGAGUCGGAGAAGAGGCCUCUGAACUUGAAGGAGAGCCACGUAGAGAUUUCUCCCACAUGCCCACGGCCGCGAGUCAGACUGGGCUCUGAGAUUAAAGACUCCAUCGUGUGAGCUUCACAUUAUGUGGAGGGACUCAUUUUAAACUCAUGACUCAUUGGAAAAGGAAAGAGUGCACUUGCUGAGAAGACCCUACAAGAGGGAAAACUUUUGAAUAUCAGACUCUUCGUGGAGAGACAUUUCAUUACACAGAUUUUGCACUUUGCCUUUUUUUUAUGUUCUGUCCCUAUGGCCCAUGUACAUUUCAUUGUAUUUUUUUCUCACUCACAUUUUCAAGUGCAUUCAAAAGCAAGCUGUUUCGCUGUUUUGCUGUCAGACUUUCUACGUAUGGCUCACGGGAAUGUAACAAGCGUAUCCAGGCGGCGUCACGACCACAAUUCAUUGACUGAAUUUCAUAGCAUUGCCACUCAGUCCGUCCAUAUAACCUAGAGGUGAUGCCUUGGAAGGCGGAGUGACGUUCGGAUAUGUUCCCACUAACAGCCGAUACAGUGUUUUUCUUUUCUUUUUUUUACUUAUUUCAUUCUGUCAUCUGGUGAGAGCCGACCCUUUGCUGAGGCUAUGCACUAUGUACUGUAGGGUAGCAAGUUAAACACUCACACCAGAAUACACACUAAAAAGUCAGUGGUCAGCACGAAAGAAAAAAAGGUGACCCGUCACUAUCGUACGUUCCCUGUGUAUUCACACAAGUAUAUUCAUUAUUUAGGCUGAAAUAUAACACGGCAACAGACGAAGCAUUCGGUGGGAAGAAGAGUCGUGCUGAGAGAUACAAAGUGAAAAAAAUCACGUUGCAGAAAAUCUCACCAUCUCAAUCAUUACACACCUAAAAGAUUAUGAUACAGUCCCAAAUGACAUAAAUAUGCUUUUUUUUAAGUAUUCGUAUUACUAGUGGAUAUAAAUAUUCCCUUUGUGGAAGACUGAUUUUCAACAGGGUUUUUUCUUUCACCAAAUGUGAUAAAAAAAAGAAAGAAAAGAAAAAAGCUCAUUCCAGGUAUUAUCGUGCUGUUCUUCAUGAGAUAGGCAGUCUAUGCAAAGCAAACAAUGUGAAGUGGGGUAAACACCGAGGAAACCUCACCUCGAGACUGAGUAAGCACAAAGGUGUUGGCACUGUUAAUGAUUUUAUGAUCAGUGGCACUGCAAACACACACACCCCCACACAAACUCACUCCCAUUACAGCCACCGUAACGUAUGCAAGAGCUUUUAGCCAUUUUGCUGCAUUUCAGGAAGAAGAUAAUAAAACUCUGACAUGCUGGCGUCAC